UUGGAGUAUUUACCUUAACAAUUCUACGGACAAAAAGUUGCGAAUAUUUUCCUUGAAAAUUCUACGGACAAAAGCUGAGAAUAUUUCCCUUAACAAUUCUACGGGAAAAAAUCUGGAAAUAUUUUCCUUAACAUUUCCACGGACAAAAAUCUGGAAAUAUUUUCCUUUAACAAUUCUACGGGAAAAAAGCUUGGAAAAUUGUUCUUAACUAUUUUACGGACAAAAAGCUUGAAAUAUAUUCCUUAACAAUUAAACGGUCCAGAACCUAGGAAUAUUUUCCUUAACAAUUCUACGGACAAAAAACUGGAUAUAUUUUCCCUAUCAGUUCUACGGAUAAACAGUCACAUGAUGCAAAAGGAUACACUGAACAAAUUCAUGAAAGUUCAACAAGACAAAAGAGAAAAUACUUGUGUAUGCUCGUUUUGCCUUCAAAUGUUUGAUAACUUAAAUGAUUUGCAAGAUCACCUCAUAUUACACGACCCACUUAAUCUACCAAAUGGUCAAUAUAAUGAUUGCAUGGACACAGACUGUGUUAACGAUAUCAUAGACUUAGAUUUACGGAAUUCUAUGAAGAAAUAUGGGUCUAAAUUAACUAAAACAAAACAAAACUAUUCUGACAAACAACAAUCUAUACAGACAUUACUACAGUUAAAAAACGUCAGGUUUAAACGAAAACGUGAUGAUGACGAGAAGGAUGAUAACAAAGAUUAUUACACAGAUGAUUAUGACGAGGAGGAUGAGAACGAUGAUGACGAUGACGACGACGACGAAGAGGAGGAAGACGACUACAGCAAUAAUGAAAAUGACGACGACGAUGACGAGGAGGAGGAAGACAGUGAUUAUUAUAAAGACGACGAUGACGAUGAGGAGAUUGAGUCCCUGGACGACGAGAAGAAUGGCGACGAGUGGAAAGAGCAGGAGAAAGGAGUGAAAAGGGGACCGGAUAAAAUGUGCGCCAAGAAGGAAGAGGAGGAGAAAAAAGAUAACGAAACUAAGGAAAUUGAUCACGUUGCACAUACUGAAUCUGUUAGACACAAAUUACUGAUGCAGAGUGAUAUUUUGCGAAGAUUAGAAACUAAGGUGAAAACUGUGAAGGAAUCACCUAGAACACCUGAGAAUAACAACCGCUUCCUUUCUCAAGAUGGUAAAAUGACAGUCGAGAAAAGUACACAGACAGGGAGCGUUAACGAAGAUAGUAAUCAAGGUUGUUGUCAGUGUAGAACGUGUAGCUGUAAAUGUCACGCACAUUUAAGGAAUGAUAUGCAGAAUGCCUUGAAAUGUAGCAAACAAAUGUUCCAGUCGAAUAUAUUUCCAAAAGAGAAAGACAAGAAAAGACUUUUAACAAAAACAUUGACAAUUCAAACCGUAAAUAAAUGGUUUAUAAACUAUAGAUAUCAUUUUUUCCUUCACAUAAAAAAGCAUGCAGCUGAUACCAUCACAUCAAAGUCAACAACAGUAGAAAUAAACAGACUGACAAACAAACAUUACGCUAAAUGUUUUCAAUGUGUUUCAAAAAAGCCUAAGCGCCAUUCAAAACAACAAGUGAAAAGGGCUUUCAUGGCAUGGAGAUAUGCCUUACAAACCAACAUUAAUCCUGAAAAAUACAUGAGGCAGGCUUUAAAGUCUUAAUGAACACUCUGGUACAUAAUUAUUCAAACCACGGAUCAGGAAUUAAGCACCAGGGG